GUUGUACAAACUGGUUUACGGACGCCGCCGGAUUUCAACUAACAUGGCCGCUGACUGUUGAUGUCAGAAACACAAUAAGCACAUUUAUCUAUUUGUUCGGUUUCGACUUAAUCCCUAUUCGAGCAAAAGAAGGUCGCUGUUUAUCUGUAUCCUCUUGCCCAUGGCAGGCGUUAUGGAGACAGAGGAACAGUCCAGGAACCGCUUCCAGUCGGAGCUGGAGUUCAUCCAGUGUCUGGCUAAUCCCAACUAUCUCAACUUUCUUGCCCAGCGGGGAUACCUGCGGGAGAAACCUUUCGUCAACUACCUGAAGUACCUGCUGUACUGGAAGGAGCCGGACUAUGCAAAGUUCCUGAAGUAUCCCCACUGCCUGCACAUGCUGGAGCUGCUGCAGUACGAGCACUUCCGCAAGGAGCUGGUGAACGCCCAGUGUGCCAAGUUCAUCGACGAGCAGCAGCUGCUGCACUGGCAGCAUUACUCCAGGAAGCGCACGCGUCUGCAGCAGGCCCUGGCCGAGCAGCAGCCCACGCAGCAGCAGCAGCAACCGCCGGCGCACGGCAACGCGACCGCCAAGUGAUCUGGGGCAGGGGGGGCGCAUGGGCUGUACACACCUAGGGGCCGUCUGGGUUCUAAAUGCUAGCUGGGGGGUGGAAUCUGAAUGCUGAAGAUGGCUGUUAUUGGCCCAUAGAUGGUGUUUAUGGAUUAUGUGUGUUUGGGUGACAUCACAUGUGGUUCUGUGUGUUGACAUGUGUGCAAGGUGUGAGGGUUACCAUGGCAGUAAGAGGCAGCUGCCUACUCUCCAUCAACUGAAGUAGCCCAGAAGGGACACAUAUGUACAUAUGUAAAGAUUUGGAAAAUGUGCUUGCAUUCAGUUAAAUCACAUGGGUUUAACCAUGCGUGCAUCACAUUUGUGUCACUCUUGUUUUGGUUCAGUGUUGGAAGAAUGCAGAGAUGAUGAAACCUUCAUGUGCUUGAGAGAGAAAUCCCUUUUGGGGAAAUCUUGGUCUGAGUUCCAGAGAAGCACAGACGAGAGGUUAAUUGUUGAUUAACAAUGUAAAUAAACAUAAGUGUGUUAGUAUGUUUGAAAGUAAAAUAUGGAUGACUUGAGUUUCUUUAUUUUUUCUAGAUCGGUGCUAUAAAUUUUAAUAAAACUUAGAAUUUCUCUUU